AUGGUGCAGCUUGAUAACGACAUCUUCAUGGGGUAUAGUCCCAAAAAAGUUUUUUCCGGGUGCAGAGGAAGGCCAAGUUUUGAUAUUCCUAAAGAGCAAAUCAAGCUUUUUUUGGAGUACAAUUUUUCCCUUCCACAAAUAAGUGAAAUGCUUGGAGUGAGCCUCAGUACUGUCAGCAGAAGACUAAAAGACUAUGGUCUAUCAGUCACACGAACCUAUUCUACGAUAAGCAAUCCUGAAUUAGAUAAAAUUAUACAGCAGUUAGUGUCUGAAUUUCCGAACUGUGGCUACAGAAGAAUGACUGGUUUCCUGCGAGCACGGGGUAUACAUGUACAACAAAUACGUGUAAGAGAAGCGAUGAUAAGAUCAGACCCGGAAGGUGUAUUGUUACGUUCUCUACAACUCACACCAAUUUCUAGAAGAGUAUACAAUGUGACAUGCCCACUUGCUCUUUGGCACUUAGAUGGUCAUCACAAAUUAAUCAGAUGGAGAUUUGUGAUACAUGGUUGUAUUGAUGGCUACUCCAGGAAGAUCAUGUACCUACAAUCCAAUACAAACAACAAUGCCCAAACAGUACUUGAAGCCUUUGUUGAAGCUGUAAGCAUUCAUGGACUGCCAUCAAGAGUCAGAGGUGACCAAGGUGUCGAAAACAUUGAUGUUGCUCGAUUCAUGUUUAACCAUCCUGAAAGGGAUCCAGAUAGAGGUUCUUUUAUCAACGGAAAAAGUGUACACAAUCAGCGUAUAGAACGACUUUGGGUUGAUGUUUAUGUUUGUUGUGUAUACACAUUUUACUGCUUGUUCAAUUUUCUUGAAAGUGAAGGAUACCUUGAUAUUAACGACGAAAUUCAUAUGUUUUGCUUGCAUUAUGUCUUUGGUCCAAGAGUUAACAGUUGCUUAGAAAAAUUCACUCAGGGAUGGGACAAUCAUCCUAUUGAAGGAACAGGAAAUUUAACUCCAAACCAACAUUGGAUCCAAGGUUUAUUUAGAAUUGCUAACCAUCAUGGAACAAUUGCAAAAGAAGUCUGGGAAAACCUAAAUGAGAGAGAACAAGAAAGCUAUGGAAUUUAUUUUGAUAGCAUGGGACUGAGUUUUCCUAGUUCUGAUGGAAUUGUUGUACCAACUACCGAGUGUCCAUUGAGUGGUGAGGCACAAAUAGAGUUACAAGGAUCCAUUGAUCCAAAACAACUCAGUGUUAACAAUGAAGUUGACAUAUACCUGAAUACUGUUGCUUUUGUCAUGGAACAUAUGGAACAUUUAACAUAA